AUGAUCGAUGCGUGGGAAACUGAAGAAUGGAAGACAAAAUCUUAUAAAGUGAAGGAGAGUCGAUCAAAGUUGCCCUACAAUCAUAUAUCUAGUUCCCAAUCAUUUGUAGCAGUGAUGUCACUAAUUGAGCGAUUAGUCAACAAGACUAUCGAACAAUCUCAACCCGAAGUUACAUCCCCAAUGAAUGAGUUUGAGAUCUCCAUUGAUGUACUUGGAAGGAGGCCAGGUUACCUGAAUGGGUAUAGGAUCUACCUUCGAAGGAGUUUAUCUACCAGGUCUAUUGCAAAGUCAGCUGAGCAAGAUGCUGAGGAACUUGGAUUUGAUUAUCUUGGAAGCAGAGAGCAACUUGUCAUGAGGUAUUCUUUGCUUGAUAGGGUCCUUAGAAUAGUGAAGAAAGGUGUUGCUCAGUUAACAGGAUCAAAUCUCUCUCCUUCUCUCACUCAAAUCUCUCUCGCCCCUGCCGAUGACAUCUUCUUCCACGGCCACCUCCUCCCUCUCCACCUCCGCUCCCAUCCUCGUCCCUCCACCGACAUAUCUGUCGAUGAUAUCACCAUAAUUCCUGACGGAUCCCACCCAAUUAAUCUCAAUGUAAACAAUAAAAAAAACAAACCCAUCUCCCUGUCCUCCUUAUUAAAACUAACCAAGUGGUUGGAAGACAAGAAAAAGCAUUUCCUGAAGAAGUUUUUCUCCAAGGAAGAGAAGCACAAGAGAGAUCUCCAACGAAGGCCCUAUUCGUUUUCUGGGAAUUCGAACAGGAAAGAGAAGUGGAUAAGCAGGAUAGGGGAGUUCUCGGCUCCGGCGUCCAUGAGGACUUCACCGACGAAUAGUGGGCUUCUGCCGGCCACGCCGCCGGGGUACUCAUCAUCGAACGAGAGCUCCAUGGAGGAGCUCCAGAACGCGAUUCAGGCAGCCAUUGCUCACUGUAAGAACUCUAGUGCAACAAAGGAGAGACAAGUAGAAGUAUAAAUUUUAAGGCUACAUGUUAAAAAAACAAUUUAUUUAGUAUGUAUCUACGAAUGGUGACUAUGGCAAUGAUAAUUGCAGCUCUAGUACUGUAUUUGAUCGUUGACACUUGUCGUUAUAUAUUCUAGUCGAAUCAUAACC